AGUCUGUUCUGCGCCCUAUAAACUCAUUCAACUCGUUCGACUAUGCCUCCUCAGAUCUAUGUGAGCGGCGGCUCACUCCGCGAAUGCCAUGGCACGACAUUGCUUGUGUGAUGACCGGAGCAGUGGCCACUGAUUUAUCACGUCACUUCAUUCAACGCUGGAACGCGAUUCGAAACAACCGGCUCCGGAACUCGACCAAAGGCACAACUGAUCGAGAGCGCCACCGUAAAAAACCACUUCUGUUGCCUUGCUACCCUUGCGAACCGUGGACUACAUUUCAUCUGGACAAAGUACUGGUGGAUCCUCGUCAAUCUUCUGUUUGUCAAGCUCAGGUUCUGCGCAGCGUCUGUGAUUGGUCGCUCGGCGUUCCUGCUGGCAACGUGCGAAAGGGUUUGCGUCAGGAAUUUCAUGAAUGGAUAAAGGGAUCCGACAAGGUUACCGGAUCAUCCACUAAUAAUCAGGACACUGAAAUAGGUCUGGAGACGUCUAUUUUGUCCGCGUACAUUAACUGCAUUUUGGACGCCGAAAACUUCGUGUAUAUUGAGAAUCAAUUUUUCAUCAGUUUUAUCACAAUAUCUGAUGAAGACGCGGAGAAAGCCUCCAUGGACCAGUUAGACGUGCCCAGCACACACAACGCUGGAUCUCACACACUGACACAUCACAGUGCAUUCACACGUUUGCCCCCAUCGUCACACAGUCCGAAAGUCAAAAAUCGUAUCAUGGAUGCAUUGUUCAUUCGCAUACUACGAGCGCACAGACAGAGAAAACCUUUCCGCUUGUAUAUUAUCCUCCCCUUGGUACCGGGUUUUGUGGGCGAGUACGGUGAUCCUUCAGCCAGAUCGUUGUACCGCAUCCUACAUUUCACGCGGCUCAGCCUGUUUGUAGGGUCAAACGCACUCAUCCCUAGGCUGAAAACAUUCAUACCAAACCCUGAUGAAUAUGUUUCAAUUUGCGGUCUACGAACAUAUAACGAAUGGCCGGAUGGAAACAUGAGGACGGAAAUCGUCUAUGUGCAUAGCAAGUUUAUGAUCGUAGAUGACCGGAAAAUGAUAAUUGGAUCAGCGAACCUUAACGAUCGAAGCAUGCGAGGAAAACGGGACAGUGAACUGGCGGUUUUGAUCGAGAUGGAUCCCCUCGAAUCUCGUCAGACGAAUCACAGCGCAUUUAUACGUCGAGUUCGACGCACCUUAAUGGCCGAGCAUUUAGGCGUCCUCCCAUCGCUCCGCAGGGCGGUUUGCAAUGAAUGGCCGAUUGAGCAACUGAAUGACCCCGUGACGGACAGCUUCUUCUACGAUGUUUGGAAGGCAACGGCUAAUAAGAAUGCAAGUAUCUUCGAGGAAGUCUUCAACGUUGUUCCGACGGACAAUUUGCUGACGUUCGAGGAAUGCAGAAAGAAUAAACAGAAGAUUCCGUUGAUUGUUUCAGAGCCCGAGAGAGCCCAACAGCUAUUGGAAUCGGUUCGAGGUACUCUGGUUACGUUUCCGACAUUGUUCCUUGAUCUGGAAGACUUAACACCGCCAGAAGGCACAAUGGAAAGAGUGGCCCCAGAGAAGAUUUGGACCUGAUGAUUGUAGGUGCGGACAAAGACGAAGUUGUCCCAAUUAUAUGUCUGUUGUAUCCAAUUCCUGGUCAGCAGAUUCCCAAAUCCGUGUUUAUGCAUCCCUUCAAGCGGAGCGAUUGUUCCACUUUCUUUCCCUCCGCUCUUAGCCCUUCCUUCAUGUAUUUUACAAAUGUGGAUUUGUCGUAUAUCUAAGCUGCUUAGAUCCGGUAGGGUGUUUUCUUUUACCACUGGAAUCACGUAAUGUAGAGUUGUAGGUUGCUGGUACACUGCAAGUGUAGAGCGACUGAAUAAUCAUCCAAGAGUGUAUUUCGACACUAUUCAGCUCAGAACUUGAGAAAGCAGGUGGUUCAGAACAGGUG